GUGACACUAAAAGUUAUUGUUCUUUUAAUUGUGAUUGUUUAUUUUAAUGAUAUUAUUCUAUUGGGGGUUCAAAUGGGAUAAAUUAUUAAUAUUUUAUACACACCAUGCCUCCUAUCGUUCGAAUUCUGAUAUUGCUGUGUCUCGCUGCCACUAUCAUGAACAUAUUUCAUGGUUUUGUCAAUAACUUAUAUGCUGCUACUUCCUAUAAGGCUUAUGAUAACGAGUUUACCCUGGCAGUUUUUCCGGAAACAUAUGAAUCAACUGAAUAUUUAAAAAACACCGCUUGGACUCUCAUUACAGGCAGCACUAUUACUUCUAGCGGGGAAAGUGCCACCGCAACGUCUAGCGCGUAUUUACAGAAUGCUUCCGAUAUAGAUCCUUCAGAUGAAGAUUCUAUAUAUUAUUAUUCAGCGUAUUCAGACAUAGACCUAGAUGUGGUGGCGAAAAGAUAUCCCGAGGUGCGUAAGGGCGGUUGGUACAUCCCGUCCAAUGUUACCAAGUGGCACAAAGUUGCUAUCAUAGUGCCAUACAGGGAUCGCCAAAAGCAUAUGGGCAUAUUCAUAAAGUACAUGCAUUCGUUUCUUAUGAAGCAACAAAUAGAAUAUGGAAUUUUUAUUAUUGAACAAGCAGGAACGCGUUCGUUCAACCGCGGCCACCUCAUGAACGUAGGAUUCUUAGAGAGCCAAAAGAUGGGCAGCUGGGAGUGCUUCGUCUUCCACGAUGUGGACUUGCUGCCGGUCGACGCGCGGAACCUGUACCAGUGCAGCAAGCAGCCUCGACACUUGGCUGCUGCCGUGGAUACGUUAAAUUUCGACCUACCGUAUCGUGAGUCAUUUGGCGGUGUGACAGCUAUAACGUUGGAGCAAUUCAAGAAAGUCAACGGCUUCUCCAACCGAUACUGGGGCUGGGGCGGCGAAGACGACGAUAUGUUCCACAGGUUAUGGAUGAUGGGUUACCGUAUCACACGUUACAAUAUGUCCGUAGCUCGGUAUAUUAUGCUCGGCCACUCGAAAGCACUGUAUAACCCAAAAAGAAUGCAAAUCUUGUCAGGAGUGAAAAGAAAAAUGAAGAAAGACGGAUUAUCGUCAGUAGAUUACGUGGUUAUUAAGAAAAACCUUCACCAGCUGUACACGCACAUCAUUGCGGACCUCAAUGAGAAUUUGGACAGUCUUGAACUACCAUAUCUCGCAAACAUGCUGUUUGGUGAUAAAUUGUGAUGCAAGUGACUGAAAGAAAAAAAGCGGACAAGUGCGAGUCGGACUCGAGGGUUCCGUACUUUAUAGUAUUAAUUUGUUGUUGUGCUAGUAUAAGUAUCCGGUUUCCGGACCCUUUCUGCUGAGAGUUUUAUUUCUCUGUCGCUCUUAGCUUAGCAGCAAGCGAUCAUCCAUUAAUUACGUCACACGACUUUCUAGGUUUUUUGACCCCUCCCCCCUCCUUGUCACACUUGGUCACAUUUUGCAAAUCCCUCCCCACCUGGUGUGACGUCACAUUUUAGGAAAUUUUGUUAACUCGGCAUUAUUUUUUUUUUAAAAAAAUAUUAUUGGUAAAAGAAAUAUUAGUAAUUUUAUAACACAAAACCAAUUAGGAACGAAAAUUACUUCCAAAAACUCAUUAUUUAAC